AUGCAUCCUGCUAAGGCGAGCUCUUCGGUGAUUCCUUCGGAUCAACCUCCACUCUUUUCCAGACCAUCUCCGGACUGGUCUUGUUUUCCGCGUCUAUGAUUCUCGCGGUUUCUGCCCUCAGCAAUGAUGAUUUUCUUCUGAAGCCAGUCAGAAUACAUCUGCUUGCCAUCAUCCCACAACCAUCGUUUGCAGCACGUUCUUCCGGCUGCCGAGAAGGCCUAUCAUGCGGUGUAUCAUGAGUUGGACAGCAAGAGCACGAACGGCGCGACGAAGCCAGUGUUCGGACAGAUCUACGUGGCACUGAUCGAGGAUCAAUUCACGUUCGGCGGUGACAUGGACUCGUGGUCGAGUAAGAAGUUCGACAGAGGUGAUAGAGGCUGCAAGCCGUUGAUGGCCACGAAUGUGCAUCACAUGUGCAAUGAAAGCUACUUCCUAGUUCAUCAGGAUAUGGUCAAGUAAUUAAAAUCAGGUAGAGCAAAUGUACGGAAUGAUGGUUUCAGACUACAAAAAACUGCUUUCGGAGGAACUGGAGCAACGCCCGAUCUGGAAACCGUGUGCCGAAAAGAAGGAAGUGGCUUCGGAGCCGGUCCGGAUAAGCUCAUCUACAGAUACAACCACCGCGUCCUGAUGACUUAUAAGAAGUGAGUCCCUAAAAGUAUCCACUAAUUGUUCGAUGUCAACAGGAAUGUCGACGACAACAAGUGCAUCGGAACGUACGAUUCUCUGACCGACACGUUCACCUGCAUGUACAACGAUCCGAGCAAACCGGAGGACCACCGCUUCGUUCCUCUCGAAGUUCAGAAUUUUUUGUGGAAACAAGACGACGGAACAUUUGCUCGUGGAGCUGGAAAUGUAUGAGAAUUGCACAAAAUUGAAUUAUGAAUGAGUUUAUUUUAGGUGGAGGUCUUCUGCAAGCAAAUGCACUACAAAGAAUGA